ACUUUUUAACAACAGGUCAAACUUAGUCAUAAGAGAUUGUGGAGUGCAACGAGGAGGUAGUGUCGGUGGUGCUAUAGAGAUUUAAAAAAAAAAAUUAAAAAUUAAUUAACAGUGAUUUAUAAAUGAACGCUAAUUAAUUAAGUGUUGUGUCAUCUUCUGCACUUGGAUUACUUUUACAUUGUUGGAUUACGGGAUUAUUAAAACAACUAUUCCAUGAAUUUCUGUCGGACUUAGAAACGAACCGGUGUCGGCGAGUGCCUAUUUAUAGGAGAAAGAUGGGGUACCGUGCUGGAUUGUUUUGGGGUACAAUUUUGACGGUGGUUGUUUCGAUUGUUGAAAUUCAAGGUCUUGCUUCAUGCUCCCCAAACCCCUGUCAAAACGGUGCCUCUUGCGUUGCCAACCCAAAAGGAGAAUUUUAUUGCAAUUGUUCACCAUUCCAUGUUGGACAGUAUUGUCAGCAUUUGAACCCCUGCCACACUGGACCUGGACCUCGAUGUCAAAACGGUGGUACCUGCAAAGUCGGAUUGUCGCCUAAAAAUGUGCCAACCUUCUCUUGUGUAUGCCCAAUUGGUUAUUCGGCCUCACUCUGUGAAAUAGCUGUUCCCAACAGUUGUGACAGCAAUCCAUGUCACAAUGGAGGAAUUUGCAACCUACACCAACUCGAUAACUACACUUGUACCUGCGCUGUUGGAUACAGAGGGCAUCAUUGCGAAGAAGUCGAUCAUUGCUCAUCUCGACCAUGCCGCAAUGGCGCUACUUGCCUAUCCAAACAAGACAACUACAAAUGUACGUGUGCUGAAGGAUUCACUGGUAACACCUGUACAAAUGAUAUUGACGAAUGCGUUAAAGAACCUUGCAUGCAUGGCAAUUGCGUGAAUACUGUCGGUUCUUAUAGAUGUACCUGUGAAACUGGCUACACUGGACAGAAUUGUGAAUCUCAAUAUAUCCCCUGUGAACCUAGUCCAUGUGAAAAUGGCGGAACGUGCAAGGCUAUUGAUUCUCUAAACUAUCAGUGCUUUUGCCCCGAAGGUUUUACUGGUACAAACUGUGAAGAAAACAUAGAUGAUUGCCCCGGGAACAUUUGUCAAAAUCAAGCAAAAUGCAUUGAUGGCAUCAACAGUUAUACUUGCCAGUGUCCUCCAACCUAUACCGGCUCUUACUGUAGUAAGGAUGUGGAUGAAUGUUCUGUUCGUCCUAGCGUAUGCAAAAACGGUGCAACUUGCUCGAAUACUAUUGGUGGUUAUUCUUGCAUUUGCGUCAAUGGAUGGUCCGGAGUGGAUUGCAGUGAAAAUAUCGAUGAUUGUGCUGGUGCUGCUUGCUUCAACGGUGCAACAUGUCAUGACCGCGUAGGGUCUUUUUACUGCCAAUGUGCUCCUGGUAAAACAGGUCUCCUAUGCCAUUUGGAUGAUGCAUGUGCUAGCAAUCCCUGUCAUGUUGGGGCUAUUUGUGAUACCAGCCCUAUUGAUGGAACAUACAUAUGCUCGUGCCCUAGUGGAUUCAAAGGGGUAGACUGCACACAAGAUGUUGACGAAUGUGAAGAAGGAUCUCCUUGUGAGCAUGGUGGAAUUUGUGUCAACACUCCCGGAUCAUUUCAUUGUGAUUGCACGAAAGGUUUCACUGGACCAAGAUGUGAAAUCAACAUCAAUGAAUGCGAUUCAAAUCCAUGCAAAAAUGAAGGAACAUGUCUGGACGAGCGUGGAGGAUUUCGAUGCGUUUGCAUGCCAGGUUACAGUGGUUCCCAUUGCGAGGAAGAUAUCGAUGAGUGUUCGCCGAAUCCUUGUCUCAAUGGAGGAAUGUGCAGUGACAGAAUCAACGCUUUUAAGUGUCUCUGUCCAAUCGGAUUUUCAGGUAGAAAGUGCGAGAUCAAUGAAGAUGACUGCAUGUCCCAUCCAUGCCAGAAUGGUGGAAAUUGCACUGAUGACAUUGCAAGCUAUACUUGUCACUGCAAUCCUGGUUUCUCUGGUACAAACUGUGAAACGAACAUAAAUGAUUGUUUGUCUUCUCCUUGUCAUCAUGGGCAAUGCAUUGAUGGAACAAACUCUUUUGUGUGCAUGUGUGACCCUGGUUAUAAAGGUCUGUUGUGCCAAACACAGAUAGACGAAUGCCUCAGCAAGCCUUGUCAACAUGGCGGUAUUUGUGAGGAUCUUGUCAAUGGAUACCAAUGCAGAUGUCGCCCCGGAACAUCGGGCACAAACUGUGAAUACAACAUCAAUGAGUGCUCCAGCAAUCCAUGCCGUAAUGGAGCUGUAUGUGUUGAUGGAAUUAAUACCUACAACUGCCAGUGUGUCCCUGGUUUCACUGGUCUACAUUGUGAAACAAACAUUAAUGAAUGUGCUAGUAAUCCAUGUGCUAAUGGCGGCAUCUGUACUGAUAUGGUCAAUGGCUUCAAAUGUGAGUGUCCCAGAGGAUAUUAUGACGCUCGAUGUUUGUCCGAUGUCAACGAGUGUGCCAGCAACCCUUGUCUCAACGGAGGAACGUGUGAAGAUGAAGUCAACAAAUUUAAAUGCCAUUGCAUUAGUGGUUAUGGUGGACAUCGUUGUGAAAUCGAAAUUGACGAGUGCCAGUCAAACCCCUGUCAACAUGGAGGUAUUUGUCACGAUCGAUUGGCAUCUUACGAAUGCUCUUGCUUGCCAGGAUACAGUGGUCAGAACUGUGAAUCUAAUGUGGACGAUUGUGAAAGCAGUCCUUGCUUGAAUGGGGGAUCCUGCAUUGAUCUAGUGAAUGCCUAUCAGUGUGUUUGUGAAGUACCAUUUACUGGCUUGAGAUGUGACAAUGAACUGAAUCCAUGUUCACCCAACAAAUGCAAAAACAAUGCCAAAUGCAGUCCAUCAUCAAAUUAUCUUGACUUUGCUUGCUCAUGUGAAUUAGGAUACACAGGUCAUCUCUGUAAUGAAGACAUCGAUGAAUGUGCAGUAUCAUCCCCUUGCCGCAAUGGUGCUACUUGUGUCAAUACAAAUGGGUCAUAUACAUGUGUUUGUGCUAAAGGCUAUGAAGGCAGAGACUGUUUGAUAAAUACUGAUGAUUGUGCUAAAUUUCCUUGUCAAAAUGGUGGUACAUGCUUAGACGGGAUUGGGGAAUACAACUGUUUAUGCGUUGAUGGAUUUGGAGGAAAACAUUGUGAAGUCGAUGUGAAUGAGUGUGCUAACUUUCCUUGUCUAAAUGGUGCAACUUGUAAUGAUUAUGUCAACAGCUACACUUGCACAUGUCCUCUUGGAUUUAGUGGAACUAAAUGCCAAACUAAUGAUGAAGACUGCACUUCCAGUUCUUGUAUGAAUGGAGGAACAUGCAUUGAUAGUAUCAACAGCUAUGUGUGCCAGUGCACUCCUGGAUAUACUGGAUCAAACUGCCAAUUCCACAUCAAUGAAUGCGAUUCUCAGCCCUGUCAUAGUGGUGCUACAUGUAUUGACCAUGUUGGAUAUUAUUCUUGCCUCUGCCCUUUUGGUUACACAGGAAUACACUGUGAUACUUUUGUUGAUUGGUGCAGCACAAGUCCCUGCUUGAAUGGUGCUACGUGCAUGCAGUUAAAUAAUACCUAUGGGUGCACUUGCCAACCUGGAUGGACUGGAAUGCUUUGUGAUGUUUCUAUGGUGUCUUGUUCAGAUGCUGCAGCACAAAAAGGUAUUGAUGUACAAGAUUUGUGCAAAAAUGGAGGAACUUGUGAGAAUCGAGGAAAUAGUCAUCAUUGCAUUUGCAGCAGUGGUUAUGAAGGCAGUUACUGUCAGCAUGAGAUAAAUGAAUGCAGUUCUCAACCAUGCCAAAAUGGUGCCACUUGCAACGAUUUGGUUGGCCAGUAUUCUUGUGAUUGUCCUCCUGGAUUUCAAGGAUUGAAUUGUGAGUUUAACAUCAAUGAUUGUGAUCCAAACCCUUGUCGAAAUGGAGGCAUUUGCCAUGACUUUGUGAACAAAUUUGUGUGCUCUUGUCCUCAUGGUACUCUUGGCAUCUUAUGUGAAAUAAACACCAAUGAAUGCUUUGAAGGAGCUUGCCACCAUGAUGGUGUCUGCAUUGAUAAAAUUGGCCAUUAUGAAUGCCAAUGCCAGCCUGGAUUUGUUGGGCCAAGGUGUGAAGGUGAUGUCAAUGAAUGCCUUGCUGAUCCUUGCAAAUGGCCUGGUACACAAGAUUGUGUUCAGUUGGUGAAUGAUUACAGAUGUGAUUGUAAACCAGGCUACAUGGGUAGGCAUUGCGAGAUGAAAGUUAAUUUCUGUGCUACCAAUCCAUGCGCAAACGGCGGAGUUUGCAGUUAUAGUCCAAAUGGAUCUCCAGUAUGCAUUUGUCCAGAGGGAUUUUGGGGUGAGACUUGUACUCAUACCAACACAACAUGUGCUAGCUAUCCAUGUAAGAAUGGUGGUCAAUGUAAGCCAAAGAGUCAUGGUUAUACAUGCGUUUGUCCUCAAGGUAUGGGUGGCAAGCACUGUGAAAAUGAUUUAAUUGAUGAUUGCUUAUCCUCUCCUUGUUUGCAUGGAGGUGACUGCAUUGAUCGCAUAGGUAAAUUUGAAUGUGACUGUCCCCCAGAAUGGAAUGGCUUGCGAUGUGAUAUCUACGAUGCAACAUUUGGUGGUGGAAUACCAGCUGAGAAUCCAAUCCAAAAGUCUUUGGAGGAAGAGAGGAAACUCUGUGUGAUUAAUCGAUGUGAGGACAAAGAAAAGAAUAAUAUUUGCGAUGAGGAAUGUAACAGCUAUGCUUGCAACUUUGAUGGAGGAGACUGUUCGCUAGGCAUAAACCCUUGGAAAAACUGCAAAGCUGGUAUCAAAUGUUGGGAUGUCUUCCAAGACAAGCAGUGUAACAUUGAAUGCAACAACAUUGACUGCCUUUAUGAUGGAUUCGACUGUGAUCAAUUGUUAAUGCCCUGCAAUGAGCAUUAUGAUACUUAUUGUCUGAGGAACUAUGGGAAUGGCUAUUGUGACAAUGGAUGUAACAAUGAGGAAUGUAACUGGGAUGGUUUGGAUUGUGAACCUGAUCCUCCUGUAUUGGCUGCUGGAUCUUUAGUCCUUGUUGUGCUCAUGGAACCAGAGGUAUUUUUGAACAAUAGUAUAUCAUUUUUAAGAGAAAUGGGCCAUGCUUUAAGGACUAAUGUCAGACUAAAAAUGGAUGAAAAUAACCGACCCAUGGUAUACCAGUGGAGAUCUUCUGAAUUUGACCCAUCAUCAAUUUUGAGACCUUUUAGAAGUACUGGAACCCAAAUAUAUCUGGAAAUCGACAAUAGACGUUGUUCUAGGCUUAAUGAUGGAGAGUGCUUUGUUAGUGCCAAAAAGGCUGCACAGUUCCUUGCUGCAGCACAUUCGAGACAUGCUUUGUCUACUGCCUUCCCCAUUUCACAAAUUCAAGAAUCAUCUGAUGAUCGUGAUGGGCCAGUGUUUGAAGAUUACUCUAAAUUGACUUAUUUCUGGAUUGGAGGUGGAGUUGUUCUUUUUACCAUUUUGGUCUUGGGAGUAUUGGUUGGUUCUAACCGCAAACGUGCCAGAGGAAUAACAUGGUUUCCCGAAGGCUUCCUAAGAAACAAUAGUGGCCAAAGGAGACGUUCUCACAGGCGUGGACCCGAUGGCCAGGAAAUGAGGAACUUACACAAACAGUGCUCCAUUAACCAUCUAGAAAUAAUGGAUAAUGGCUUGGGACCCCCUGAAAGUCAAUGGAGUGAUGAUGACAUGGACCACCCCCCAAUGAAGAGAAUGAGAAGUGAUAGGUCACCCAAUCCCAGCUAUGGUGAUACUCACACAGUAAUGACCACUGAUGAUUACGAUGACAAUGAUCCUCGUCCAUGGACUCAACAACAUCUUGAUGCUGCAGACAUUCGAAAUCCAGAUAUUUUAGCCCUAACACCCCCUCAAGGCGACAAUGAUUUAGAUCCCAAUUGUGUUGAUGUGGAUGUCAGAGGACCUGGUGGCUUAACUCCAUUGAUGUUGGCAUCAUUUAGAAGUGGGGUAAAUGGAUUUGCUGACAUGAAAGAUGAAUUUGAUGAAGACAAUGGCUCAGGCAAUAUUCUGACAGACUUGAUUAUGCAAGGAGCUGACAUAAAUAUUUCAACGGAAAGAACAGGAGAAACACCUUUACAUUUGGCUGCCCGGUAUGCUAGAGCUGAUGCUGCCAAGAAACUUUUGGAUGCUGGUGCAGACGCAAACGCUCAAGAUAAUACUGGUCGUACACCUUUGCACGCCGCUGUUGCUGCAGAUGCACAAGGAGUGUUCCAGAUAUUAUUACGGAAUAGAGCCACCAACCUCAAUGCAAAAAUGCAUGAUGGUACCACACCUCUGAUACUCGCAGCAAGAUUGGCUAUUGAAGGAAUGGUUGAAAUUUUAAUAAAUGCUGAAGCUGAUAUUAAUGCAGCUGAUGAUCUUGGAAAAACUGCUUUACACUGGGCAGCAGCUGUGAACAAUAUAGAAGCUGUACAAGUACUGUUAUCUCAUGGAGCAAACCGAGACGCACAAGAUGCCAAGGAAGAAACUCCCUUAUUUUUGGCCGCAAGAGAAGGAAGCUAUCAGGCUGUGAAAAUUCUUUUGGAACAUUUUGCCAAUAGAGACAUAACUGAUCACAUGGAUCGAUUACCGAGAGAUGUUGCCGUAGAAAGGAGGCAUAAAGACAUCGUCAGAUUACUCGAUGAUUACAUGCCUUCCAGUCCUCCAAUUAAUAUCCCACCAAAUGGUCCAAUGGGUUCUCCUGGGCUAAUGGGCCCAAAUAAUAUGCUCGGAUCAACUAAGUCAGUUAAACCAAAGAAAAGACCGAAGUUAAAUACAAUUGCUGGUCUACCUAUUAAAGAACAAGAAAUGUUGUGUGCUGAGGCUAGCGUCCGAAGGAAGCCGUCGAUGAAAAAGAGGAAAGAACCGCCACCCAUGCUUAUAAAAAAUAGUGAUGGUUCUAUUACACUAUCCCCUGUGAAUUCUCUAGAAUCCCCUUCGGCAGUUUCUUAUAUGGAAGGCACCCCUUCACCUCGUGAUUCCAUCUUCAAUGGACACAUGGGAAUGUCGCAUCCCAAUCUUUUGAAUGUGGAUGGAAAUUGCACCAUGUCUAACAAACAACCUCCCUCUUAUGAAGACUGUAUUAGUGCAGCUACUCAUAUUUACGACAUGAUGGGCAUGGAUGCUCUCACAAUGGGUCUGGGCAAUAACUUUGGUAACAAUGGUUUAUUAAGCAACCAGCAAAUGCAGCAAAAGAAUUUGAAGCCAAAUCAUCCCAGGCAGAAUUCCAUGCCUAGCAGCAUGUCCCAGAACCUCACUGUACCUACCUCCCUCGCAUAUACCAUGUCAAACACUAUGAACAAACAGCGACCCUCUUUGCCUACGUCUCCAACGCACAUGGCAGCCAUGCGUGCAGCUCAUCACCAGAAGACAGUGCAAAUGCAGUCUCAUCCUAAUGUCGGUAACACAUACGACUACCCACCAUUGACUGACCUUCAUUCUAUGCUAACCGCACCAAAAACUUCAGUGGCCAACUCAAACAUGCAUAUUAACCAUCAACAAUCGUAUCAUUACCCCACCCCUCCAUCUCAACACAGUCAAGCUGACGCUACACCACAACCAUACCUUUUAGGACCUGAAACUUACCUAACACCUUCCCCGGAAUCACCCGGGCAGUGGUCUAGUUCUUCACCUCACUCUGCUCAAUCGGACUGGUCGGAGGGCAUUUCAAGCCCAAUGGGACCCACUGGCAUGCACCCCUCUUUGUCAGUUAGUGAGCAGCAAAAGUCACAACAGCAAGCUGUACAGCAAUCUCAUUUAGGACCUGAAGCUGUUUUUAUUUGAAAAUGUAAUAGCUGUAUAGAAUAUUGAGAUUAAGUCAUUUAUAUUAUACAUACAUAUUUAAAUUACACUCGAUGUCAUAUGAGAGAAAUUUGAUGGUGUUUGUGUACAUAAACUAUUGCACCGGUAGGAUCGAAAUGAAGUUCUUCUGAGUGAAACAUUGUUUUCUCAUAUGAAGUGGUUUAUAAAUCAGCAUAUUUUUAGCAAUAAUUUUUACCUCAGAAAUGCAUUAUUUUACUUCAUAUGGGAAUGUCAGACACUACAUAUUUUGUUUCAAACUAAGGGAAUUUUGAGAAGAUUUUUAAAAAAAAUUUCUCAAUUCCUUAUUUUAAAUUUUUUUUAAAUUUGUAAAAAAUCAUCAGUUUUAGUAAUCUGUUACAAUUAGUGAGCAAACCUUAAUUUGCUGCAUGCAAGGGCUUACUUUUUGGUCCUGCUAUUAAAUUCAAAACAAUCAUUUUAGUAUAUUGAUGUAAAUGACAAUUCUAAACAUUAAAUUAAUGAAUAUUAAUCUAGUGAAUCUUGAAGUUUAAAAAAAAAAAAUUAGGUUCUGAAAAGUUCAUUGCCCCUUUGAUGACGAAUUUUUAUUAAACAUAUUUUCCAUACUUCAUUAUUUUAUUUUUGUAAAAUUAAAAUAAGUGAAAAAUAUUAUAU